AUGAUCACAAUAGAUGCUGCCUGGAUCAGGUCAAACAGUAAGACAUUUGCACAAAAGCGAGUUGUGGUACUGACAGGCGCUGGAAUAUCGGUAUCUUGUGGAAUACCAGACUUCAGAUCACAGAAAGGAAUAUUCAACGACAUCAAGAAGACUUUGGGAAUAAGUGGAAGAAAUCUAUUCACUUAUGGCAUAUCUGUGGCUAAGGAAACACGAAAUAUAUACAUAAAGUACAUAAGCAAGCUCAAGAAUAUGGUAGAUCUUGCAACACCAUCUCUUACUCAUCGGUUUUUACUUUCAUAUUCAGAAAUCUCUAAGGGAUUCAGGUUAUACACACAGAAUAUCGAUGGGCUUGAGGAAAAAGCAGGAAUGGCGCCUAAGAAUGACAAGUCAACACAACUUGUAUAUCUACAUGGAAAUAUGAAGGAGCUAGCAUGCCUCUAUUGCGGAGCAAGAUUAAACUUUGGAGAAACUGAAAGAAAAGAAUAUGAGGCAGGAAAUGAAAUCACCUGCGCUUGCUGUAUACUAAGAAACGAGAAGCGGGGCAUAGAAAGCAUGGCAGGUCUUAGGAAAAGGCCCGUCGGUAUGAUGCACACAACAAUAAUACACUAUGACCAGCAGCAUCCAGAGUCUGCAUUCAUUUCCAAGAUGGCACAGAACGAUGGAUGCUGCGAUUUGUUCAUUGUAAUGGGAACAAGCUUAAGAGUGCUUGGAGUAAAGAAGCUUGCAAGAUACUUCUGCAGGCUUGAAGGUACGAAAGGCAGGAGGAUUCUUGUGAACCUUGAAACCCCACCAAAAGAGUUUGUGGAUCUGUUUGAUUUCUUCUGGAAUGGAGAUUGUGAUGAGUUUUGUGAAAUUGUUGGCGAGUGUAUUGGAAUAAAUACCAUAUCAAGCAAUAUACAAAGACUCUCAAUAGAAGGCUCCAAUAGCAUAAAUGAUUGUAAUCUGAAUAAUCCGAUUGAUCGAUCAUUUCAACAUACAAAUAGCAAUGUUUGUGAUCAAAAUACACAGGCUAAGAUACAUGCAUAG